UCGCUGCCCCUGCUUGCUUCGUCGCCUUCGUAGGCGCUCGCUGCUCUCUCGCGCUCGCUUUCUGCGUCGUCGCCCGCCGUUGAGCCGUUCGGCGACGCCGAACGCAGGUUCUCCUCUGGUUACGUUCAAUCGAUCUCCCAUGCUCACCUGUUCUCUACUGCAAGUACUGGAGGUUCGUCCGCAUUCGUCUUCGUCUUCGUCGCUGCUUCGAACAGGCUAGAGGUACCCUCGCUCCUCUUAUAAGCACGGACCGAACUUCCUGCUCGUUUCAUCUCCUCCUAUUUGUUCUCCAUCUCCAGACCGUAGGCUUCAAAUUGCCAAACGUUACACAUAACGUUUUUAGCUAAAGAAAGGAGGGUGGAACUAUGGCAGCUGCAAAUCAGAUGUUCAGUGGCAACAUGAAGAAAGCACUUGCUGGACUAAGAAGGAUCAAUUUAGAGGGCCUAAGAUGGCGGCUUUUCGAUGCCAAAGGACAGGUACUUGGUAGAUUGGCAUCUCAAAUAGCAACUGUUAUUCAAGGGAAGGAUAAACCAACGUAUACACCAUAUCGUGAAGAUGGAGACAUGUGCAUUGUGCUCAAUGCAAAAGAUAUUUGUGUGACUGGAAGAAAAAUGACAAAUAAAUUUUUUCGAUGGCAUACUGGGUAUGUUGGUCACCUCAAGGAAAGAAGCUUGAAAGACCAGAUGGCAAAAGACCCAACAGAAGUGAUUCGCAAAGCUGUUCUCCGUAUGCUUCCUCGAAAUAAAUUACGUGAUGACCGAGAUCGAAAACUGAGGAUUUUUACGGGGAGCGAGCACCCUUUUGGAGACCGUCUUUUAGAGCCGUAUGAGAUGCCCCCUCGACAAGUUCGGGAGAUGCGUCCCCGUGCCAGACGCGCCCUCAUCAGGGCUCAAAAGAAGGCAGAGCAGAGCAGUGUGAAUGCUAGUGCCAUGGCUUCCAACAAGGAAGAUAACCGUGUAUGAAUUGCUCUACUUUCUGCUCUUAUAUAUAUAUAUAUAUAUAUAUAAUUGGCAAGCAGAAUGAAUUUAGUUGUCAUGCCAUCGUCAAGAUUAGUUUUUUGUUCCCCACUUUUUAGGGCACAAUUUAUCUGGUUUUCAUCAUUGGGGACUCUUUUAUCAUGUUUUGUGUUUUUCAUCGCUCUUCUCUGGGAAGUGAAGAAAUCAUUUUAUGUCAUGCAUUCUAAAUUUAUAACUCAUAUUAUUCUUGUAUGUUAAGUAAAAUGUUGAAAGAAAUGUUUAGCUUUGCCUUUCACGUUAUGUACUUACAACUUGUUUGAAAUAAAUAAGAGGUAGAUUUACAUACA